CUCGACCACGGAGGUCUAGUUUUCUAGAAAAUAACCCGCAAACAUGUCGUCGACAAACAUGGCCUCGAUGCCCUCUGGAGACCAGAAAUCCAAGAAGAAGAAAAAGUCAAAGAAGAAGGGCGGCAACAAUGCGCAAGCCACGACUCCGGUAGAACCUCAGACUCCGACAGAAGCUUCGCAGCCCAAGGAUGGCGCAGAAAGUGACGACUCCGAUGCCGAAGAGACCACAGAACUAUCCUCCACGAAGACAGAUGUGCCUGAGGGGAAAAAGAUAUUAGAUUUGAUGAACGGCGUUGCCAAAGAUACACCCACACCCACCGAGAAGAAUAACGAUGCGAAUGCCGAUGCAGACACAGAUACAGAUACCGCGACACGGUUCGACGCUCUGGUCAAAGACCGUGACGCUUUACGUCUCGAAGUGACGGAACUUCGCAAAUCCCUCGAGGAACUACAAUCUAAACAUGCCACCGAACUUGAAACAGCACAAAAUGAUCUGGCCGAAGCCCAGCAAGAGAAGGAGACGGCCGAAGAACAAUACCAGACGCUGUUGGGUAGAGUCAAUACCAUCCGCAGUCAACUAGGCGAACGAUUGAAAGCAGAUGCAGAAGAACUCUCACAAGCACGUGAGCGUAUCGACGAACUCGAAUCUGAAAACAAAACCCUCCAAGAACGUUACGACUCUCGGACCGCCGAAGUCGAAGAACUGUCCUCAAGGAACGCCACCCUCGAAGCCUCCAACGCCGAACAAUCCAAAGAACUCUCGACCUUGCGCAAUCGACUCACUCUUUCCCAACAGAAUUGGCACAAGGAAAAGGAAGAGCUCGUCGAGUCCGAAGCGUACAUUCGUGAGGAAUUCGAAAAUGCCAAACAAGCCAUGCACGACUGGGAAGUGUUGGCCAUGGAGGAACGCACCUUGCGUCGCGACCUGACCGACCGAACCGCCGAUCUCGAAGAACAACUGGCUUCGUUACGUGAGGCGUACGAAAAGGCCACGUCGGAGCGAGACACGCAGUCCUCCACGGUCGACGGGCUCCAAAAGGCCCUACAAGAGAUCCAGACCGUCCGGAAGCAAGAGCUCAAGGAACUCGUCGAGACGAAUCAAGCCGAGCAGGACUCGCUACGAACACAACUGUCGAGUCUACAGGCGCAGCAAGAGUCCAUGAGUGCGGAAUUAGAAACGACGAAACGAGACCUCGAACGAGCCCUCCCGUUCGAAAAGGAAGUGAAGGAGAAGAACCUCCUGAUCGGCAAAUUGAGACACGAGGCCGUGAUCCUAAACGACCACUUGACGAAAGCUUUGCGAUUUUUGAAAAAGGGCAAGCCGGAGGAUAAUGUUGAUAGACAAAUCGUAACAAAUCAUUUCCUGCAUUUUCUCCAUCUCGACCGAUCCGAUCCCAAGAAGUUUCAAGUUUUACAACUCAUUGCCGCGUUGUUGGGUUGGACAGAUGAACAAAGAGAACAAGCUGGACUUACUAGGCCAGGUGGUGCCGGUUCCACGUCCACGUCAAAUUCGCUGAGGUUACCGGGGUCGCCUCUCGUUCAUCGUACACCUAGCACUCCGGCUCUACAGCAACACCACGACUAUUUCGGCGCCGACAGCGGUGUCCCGACGAGCCCGGCCGCUGGUGCUGCCAGUAGAGAGACUUUGGCAGAGUUGUGGCAAGAUUUCUUGGAAAGGGAAGCGAAUGUCAAUGGUGGUAGUACCGUGAGCAGUACCAACGCUGGUAGACAGGGGAGAUCAUCGAGGCAAGCAAGCCAAAGUCAGAGUCAAAAUCCAAAAUCACCACCACCACCACCAACAACAACAACAUCCUGACAGAAAGAAAAAUGAUUGCUCGACCUCUACGGAUAUAUACCUCACAUAGGUCAAGAAAGAUAUAAUGAUGAAAACAAAAAAUAAAAGAGGAAACAUGAAUGGAUAAAGAUACACGAGACACAAAGACAAAAGACACAAUGACACAGAAACAGACACAGAUAAAGCAAAUGUUGAACGCAGAAC